CUACGGUUGUUCGACCUUCCAAGUUCCCGGCUCGCUCCUUCUCCUUUCCUAACAAAGCUCUUCUCCACCACCCACCGCCGGGCAAUCAAUCGCUGUCCCGAUUGAAUUGUCAAUCUCAGGUAUUUUUGGCGACAUAGAGACGCCGGCGUCGGAAAAUCGAUUGGAUAAGAAUCUGACCAGAAUCCCUUCUCACAUCUCUUUCCUAUUCGACAUUUUUCUGUUUCUCGCUCGGACUUCGUUUUCUGGGAGGGAGAGGAAAAGGAAAGAGUCCACGGAAUUCGAAAUUGUUUUUCUUAGUGUGCGAGCGGUGCUUCCCUUCUCCCAAUCUUGUCUGAAUUCGUAACUCGCUCUCUUUCUACUUGGGAGUUGGGAUCGUCUUUUAUUUAUUUUGCGGCGAUCUUCGGUUUGAAUCGAGUUUCCUGAGGUUGAAUUGGCAUCGUCUUGGCGGGGGAAAGAGGAGAAUGUUCAACGGAAUGAUGGAUCCUGAGCUCAUCAAGCUUGCUCAGGAGCAGAUGAGUCGGAUGUCGCCUGGCGAGUUAGCCAAGAUCCAGCAGCAGAUGUUUUCUAAUCCAGAUUUGAUGAAAAUGGCAUCUGAAAGCAUGAAGAACAUGAGACCUGAAGACUUGAGGCAAGCGGCAGAGCAAUUAAAGUAUACACGUCCUGAUGAGAUGGCUGAGAUUGGUGAGAAGAUGGCUACUGCAUCGCCAGAAGAGAUAGCAGCUAUGCGUGCUCGGCUUGAUUCUCAGGCUACAUACGAAAUGAAUGCGGCUGAAAUGUUGAAGAAACAGGGUAAUCAACUUCACAGCCAGGGAAAAUUCAGCGAGGCAUCAGAAAAAUAUUUGCUUGCAAAGAAGAAUCUUAAAGGAAACACAGCCUCCAAAGGCAAUGCACUUUUAUUGGCAUGCUCUCUCAAUCUGAUGUCCUGUUACCUAAAGACAAAACAAUACGAUGAGUGCAUUAAAGAAGGAACAGAGGUGUUGGCAUAUGAUGGUGAGAAUGUCAAGGCUCUUUAUCGUAGGGGUCAAGCCUACAAAGAACUUGGACAAUUGCGAGAUGCUGUCUCUGAUUUGGCUAAAGCACAUGAACUUUCACCUGAUGAUGAGACUAUCGCGGCUGUCUUAAGGUGCUUGAUUUCAAAGGUUUUAAGUGACAGUAAUCUUUGUGUUGGAUCAGGACUUGUAAUUGAAGAGAUAACUGAAGAUUCAUCUUCUGGAAAUCCUGAAAUUCCUCAACAGUAUAGGAGGAAUGUUGAAAGCAAUGGAAGCCAGACUAAUAUUGGGGGUUCAAUGACCAGUUCAGAGUCUUUGCAUGCCUUAAAAGAUAACCCAGAAGCCGUAAGGUUUGUUCUACGGCCCUUAGGAACUACUGUACGUGCAAUGUUAUUUCCCUAUUAUACAUUUCCUGUGCACAGGUUAACUUUUGUUUUCUCUUUCAAAAGAUAUCUAUUAGUUUUACUUUUCAGGUCUUUCCAGAAUUUCAUUUCCAAUGCCGAUCCUGAAACUUUAGCUACAAUAAGUGGUGGGAAAGCUGCUGAUAUCUCUCCAGAUAUGUUCAAGACUGCUGCAAAUAUGAUUGGAAAGAUGUCUCCCGAUGAGCUGCAAAAAAUGCUUCAGAUGACAUCUUCGUUCCAGGGAGGGAAUCCAUACAGUAAUGGUGUUGAUAGUAUCAGACCUGGUGCUGUUCCUCCAAAUAUGAGCCCGGACAUGAUUAAAACCGCUUCUGAAAUGAUGAGCAACAUGCCACCAGAAGAGCUUCAAAAGAUGGUUGAAAUGGCAUCCUCUCUUAGAGGAAAGGACUCCGCUGCAAAAGGAGGAACCUCGGGUCAACAUGCAUCUAGUUCAAGCAAAGUUUCAAACUUUACAGAAGCUCGGGAAAGUAAUUCUUUGAAUGACAAAAGUAGUGGUGACCCUAGUUCCUCUGGCAGUCUCUUUUCGAGGUCAAUGAGUGAUCAACCAAGUUUUUCAAGCUCGGCUGGUGACCUGCAAGAGCAGUUGAGAAAUCAAAUGAAUGAUCCAGCGACACGGCAGAUGUUCACUUCAAUGAUGCAAAACAUGAGUCCGGAUAUGAUUGCUAACAUGAGUAAGCAGUUUGGAGUCCAACUUUCUCCAGAAGAUGCAGCAAAAGCUCAGCAAGCCAUGUCAUCUCUAUCCCCUGAAGACUUGGACAAAAUGAUGAGAUGGAUGGAUAGGCUCCAAAGAGGAGCUGCAGGUGCAAAGAAGGCGAAGAACUUGUUACUUGGCAAACCGGGCCUGAUCCUGGCUAUAUUCAUGUUGCUAUUGGCAAUUCUCCUUCACUGGCUUGGCUUCAUCGGAAGGUAAAACUUUCCGAUUCACACAGAGAAGGAAAGUAAGGGGAAAAUGAGAAAUAGGGAGGCAGAGUUUAAGGGUAGGCUUGUUAUACUGAUUCGGAGAAGAUAAUGGUGAUCACUGAUCAGGAUCGCAUAACCAGAAUUUGGUAACGUCUUAGGUGAUGAAGUGUUUGAACGGAUGAAACUCUUCUUUCUAUAUGGUUCUUUUUUUUCCUUUCUUGUGGAAGUUUUGUCCACAUGCUGUAUACUCGGAUUGUAGAAUGUAGGAAUCCCAUAAUUUACUUUUUUUUUU